GUCGAAAUUGAAAUUGAAUACUACAGCGAAAUCAAGUUAUUCUAAUAAAGGGAAAAGGCCAUACAAUAAUAUUGAAGAGCCCAGCACAACAUCUGAACAUCAACAUAAAUUUACCAAGAUUUCAACAUCUGGUAAAAAAUAUAGCGACAAAUCAAAUACUUUAAUAAAAGCUGAGUCAACAGUAAAUCACACAGCUAAUGCUGGAAAAAAUACAUCUUCAUUUGUUAAUGAUGGUGAGUCAACAGUUACAAUCAACAAACAACCGUUCAUACGUAAACUUGGCAGACCACCAAAAAUACAAAAAAAAAUUUACAAUCAUUCUUUAAAUAUCCAAAAAAAGAAAAAGGAAAUAAAAGUUGUUUUGAUUAAAUUGUUAGAAUCCAUCAAUAAAAAAGAUACAUAUGGAUUUUUCUUGGAGCCAGUUGAUACAAGUGUAGUAACUGAUUAUCUAGACGUUAUUGAAAAACCUAUGGAUUUUGGAACAAUGAGGCAAAAGAUUGAAAAGAAUGAAUAUAAGACCAUUGAUGAAUUUAAGUGA